GGUGUCCCCGCCCCCCCCAGCGCUGCCCAUGCCGGUCCCGCGGGCGCUGCUGCGGCUGCUGCUGGUGGCGGCGGGGGUGGCCCGGGUGGGGGGGCGCUGGGGGACCCCCGGCUGGGAGCGGGGCUGGGAGCGGGGCCGCUGCACCCCAAGAGCCAUGCACCGAACCGCCGCAGCGGGGGGGCUGCGAUACCUCGGGCAGGAGGACGCCCAAGCCAUCGACCAAGAGCUCUUCACCGAGUACAGGUUCAGCGUGGAGCAGCUGAUGGAGCUCGCAGGGCUGAGCUGCGCCACCGCCAUCGCCAAGGCCUACCCCCCCAGCUCCUUCACCACCAGCCAGCCCGCGGUGCUCGUCGUCUGCGGGCCGGGCAACAACGGCGGCGACGGCUUGGUCUGCGCCCGGCACCUCAAAAUGUUUGGCUACGAGCCAACUGUGUAUUACCCCAAGCGCCCCAACAAGCCGCUCUUUGAAGGUUUGACCACCCAAUGCCAGAAGAUGGACAUCCCCUUCCUCCAAGAGUUCCCAGCUGAGGCUGCGCUUAUCGAUGAGCUCUACGGUUUGGUAGUGGACGCAAUCUUCGGCUUUAGCUUCACGGGAGCGGUGCGGGAGCCCUUCGGCAGCAUCCUCAGCACCCUGGAACGCAUCACGGUGCCCAUCGCCAGCAUCGAUAUCCCCUCGGGCUGGGAUGUGGAGAAGGGGAAGGCAGAUGGUCUCCAGCCUGACAUGCUCAUCUCCCUCACGGCACCCAAGAAGGCAGCGACGCAUUUCACCGGCCGCUACCACUUCCUUGGGGGCAGGUUUGUGCCCGCCGCGCUGCAGGAGAAAUACGCUUUAAACCUGCCACCGUAUCCCGGGACCGACUGCGUCCUGCAGCUGGGCUAGGGGCUCGGCAGGGGCUGGAUUGGGGCCUCAUUCUGCCACAGCUGCCAGCGAGGAUGCUCAGCACCUCCCUGGGCUCCAAUCCUGCCCAGCUCUGCCAGCAGGAUCAGGGUUCCCUGCACCCAAAGCCCCCAGGAGCCUGAGAUCUCAGCAGGAUCGGAGGUUCCUGCACCCAAAGCCCCCAGGAGCCUGAGAUCUCAGCAGGAUCGGAGGUUCCUGCACCCAGCUCCCCCAGGAGCCUGGGACCGAUGGGCUCUGCGUGGGUGCUACCUCAGCAGAGUGUUUCUAGGUGUAGACGCAAUAUAGGAUCACAGGGGCUGCCCCAUAUCUUGCGCUUCGGGACAGUUUCACUGCAAUAAAAGAUUUAUUUGUGCCCUUAAAAAAA